CUGGUUUUUCUCCCUCCAUACUCUCUGGAUCUUAAUCCUAUUGAACAAGCUUUUUUGGCAAUAAAGGCCUUCCUUCGACGGAACUGGAAAGAUAUCACUCUGAGUAUCAUUGACCGAGCUUGCAGAAUAAUCACACCUUCAAAAGCUUGGGGUUUCUUUCAUGCAUCAGGAUAUGUAGUAUAA